CGUCGAGUAUAGGUGAGGUGGAAUCGCAGCCGUCAGAUAACACGCGGUUGAUCAGAAGAAUCUCUGCAGAGAGAAUUCAAAACCAGCUUUCCAUCGAGACGACGAUACAAAACGACCAAUUCUCCUCACGGUUCCUGUCGUAAAAAAACUCUUUCUUCUUAUUAUCUUUCCAAGAAAAGUUGUAUCAGUCUUUUGCUGUGGGAUAAAGGUUUGCAAUGGCGAGGAUAAAACCUCAGGCUCUUCUUAAUCAAAGCAAGAAGAAGAAAGGUCCAAGUCGUAUAAGUAUCUCCACGAUUGUCGUGUGUAAUCUUGUAGUUGCUGUAGUCGUACUAUCCUUGGUCACUACUUAUCGUCAUUGGUCCCAGAGGUCAAGAAACACACUUGAAACCCAGAGCCAGAGUCAUAGAUUUGAGGACACGAAUGCUGCAUCAGAACAAAAGAGUUACGAUCUUCCUGGUUAUGCCGAUAUAAACACAUCAAAAGGUCUCAUAACUGUGGAACUCUUUAAAGAUGCUUCCCCUGAGGCCGUCGACCGGUUUCUAGAUCUAUGUCAAAAGGAUCACUUCAAGGGAAUGCCGUUUCAUCGGGUUAUAAAAAACUACUUGGUGCAAGCUGGUCACUCCCAGAGCUCGAUACCUGUUGAAGAAUGGACAUCUAAAGGAAAGCUCCGUGGUCGCCUUAACACAAGCCCAAAACAUGAAGCAUUCAUGUUGGGGACACCAAAAACAAAAGGGAACAACAACAAGGACUUCGAGCUUCUCAUCACAACGGCGCCAAUCCCUGAUCUUAAUGAUCAGCUUAUAGUGUUUGGAAGAGUCCUUAAGGGAGAGGAUGUAGUACAGGAGAUUGAGGAAGUGGAUACAGAUGAGCAUUACCAGCCGAAAUCACAAAUAGGGAUCAUUAGCGUUAUACUGAAACGAGAAUUAUGAAAAAAAUGAAAAUCUCUCUUCCUCUGUAUAUGAGGUCCAUCUUCAUACUCGCUGUUUUUCAAAAUCCUCUUUUGAGGUUUUUUUUUAAAACUGAUUAUUUCCUUUUGUUUUGUAAUUUUAUUUGAUCUUCUUGAGGAAAUAGAAUCUUUGUUUAAGUCCA